AUGCCGGACAUUCGCAACUUCUUUAGUGCCAAGGGGGCACCUCCCCCGCCAAAGCCGGCACCAAAGAAGGAAGAAGAGGCGAAAAAGCCCAGAGGGAAAGGGCGCAAAGUUGUCGAGGACAGUGACGACGACGAGGUUGUCGAGACCAAGAAGCCAACUAGGACAACCCCGAGGAAAAAGGCCGCUGCACCCGCUGAGCCGAAAGGCGAGGAAACCACCACCGCCAAAUAUUUUUCGUCGUCCGCACCGAAGCCCACGGCCGCAAACUCUACACCAAAGCGUACACCCGCGGCCCGCAUAGCUCCCGGAGCCGAGGUCCGUGUGAGUCCUCGGACGAAACCCCCGGCGCCAAAACCAGCUCCCACUGUCAAAGCAACCCAAAACGGCACCAAGAAGCCCGUUACUGCCUACAAGAAGCACGUUCGGGACGAUGACGACGGGUUCUUGGACGACGACGAGGAUGCGGGAGAUGAUAUCUUUGCGGCGGAUGUGAGGGGUGUCGGCAAGAGAAAGAACGAUGACUACGUCGAAGAAGAGAGCGAGGAAGAGUUCCUCCCCAAACCCAAACGAGUGGCUUCCCGCGCUAGCAAGCCAGUCAAGGAUGAGUCCGACGACGAGGUGAAACCGACCCCGAAGGCAGCUGCACCGAGAGGAUCAGCCAAGAAGCGCAAGACUCCGACUUCGGAUAGCGAAGAAGAUGAGGAGGACGUCAAGCCCGCGAAGAAGGCGGCACCAGCCAAACCCCGCGCCCCCCCAAGAUCCAAGAAAGAGGCCGAGCCCGAGCCCGACGAUAUCAAGGCCAUCAUGGACAACCUUCCUACCGUUCAAGCUCCCGAUGCCCCCGCGCCUGAUCCGGACGCCAAGUUUGACUGGAGAAAGGCCAAGGGAGGAGGCGGCAAUUCUGGGCCGCCGCCCAAUGCCGGCGCAGCAGAUAUCCCCGAAGGAGAGGAUGACUGUCUGAUGGGUAAGACUUUUGUGUUUACCGGUCUGCUUAAGACGAUAAGCCGCGAGGAAGGUCAGGCGCUUGUCAAGCGGUACGGCGGCAAAGUCACGGGGACGCCAAGCGGCAAGACGGACUUUGUCGUUCUUGGAGAUGAUGCAGGCCCGAGCAAGCUCAGGAAAAUCAAGGAGCUUGGGAUCAAGACAAUCGACGAGGAAGGCCUGUUCUACCUCAUCAAGACCAUGCCCGCUCAUGGCGGCAGUGGCAAGGGUGCCGAGAAGGCCAAGCAGAAGCAGGAGGCCGAGGAGAAGAAGAUCCGGGAAGAAGCAGCUCAGAUGGAGAAGGAGGAGAAGGCUCGCAAGGCAGAAGCCGAGAAAGCCGCCAAGAAGGCUGCUGCAGCCCGCGGCGCUCCCUCCGCCGCUGCCGUCCCAGUCCCGGCAGUAACGCAGCUGUGGACGACGAAGUAUGCCCCCACAACGCUCAACCAGAUCUGCGGCAACAAGGCGAACGUGGAGCGGAUCCAGAGCUGGCUGCAAAGAUGGCCCGUGUCGCGCAAGUACGAUUUCCAGAAGCGCGGUGCUGACGGUAUGGGCGGGUACCGCGCCGUCAUCAUCUCUGGCCCGCCCGGCAUUGGCAAGACGACCGCGGCACAUCUUGCGGCCAAGCUAGAGGGCUACGACGUUCUGGAGAGCAACGCCAGUGACACGCGUAGCAAGAAGCUUGUCGAGAACGGCGUGAGCGACGUUCUGAACAACACCUCGCUGAUGGGCUACUUUGCCGGCGACGGCAAGUCAGUCGAUGCUGGCAAGAAAAAGAUCGUUCUGGUUAUGGAUGAAGUCGACGGUAUGUCCGCGGGCGAUCGGGGCGGUGUUGGUGCACUAGCCAAGUUCUGCAAGCAGACGGAGGUGCCGUUGAUCUUGAUCUGCAACGAGCGCCGGCUGCCCAAGAUGAAGCCAUUCGAUCACGUUGCCUUCGAUAUCAAGUUCCAGCGCCCGACUGUUGACCAAAUCCGGUCUCGGAUCAUGACGAUUUGCCACAGAGAAGGGUUGAAGAUGCCUCCCCAGGUCGUCAACGCCCUGAUUGAGGGUAGCGGGAAGGACAUUCGCCAAAUCAUCAACAUGUUGUCUACCGCCAAGCUGGACCAAACGACAAUGGACUAUGACCAGAGCAAGGCCAUGACCAAAGCCUGGGAGAAGCAUGUUGUCCUAAAACCCUGGGAUAUCUGCCAGAAGAUGAUCGGGGGUGGUCUCUUCAGCCCAGCAAGCAAGGCGACGCUGAAUGACAAGAUCGAGCUCUACUUCCACGACCACGAGUUCAGUUUCCUGAUGAUCCAAGAAAACUAUCUUCGAUCAAAGCCAGCGGCACUAACCGGCCAGAACUACAAUGCGAGGCAGCAGAACCUGAAGUAUCUCGAACUGGUCGACCAAGCAGCCGAGAGCAUCAGCGAUGGAGAUCUGGUCGACCGCAUGAUCCAUGGCCCCCAGCAACAAUGGAGCCUGAUGCCUACACACGCCGUUUUCAGCACAGUUCGGCCUUCGAGUUUUAUUGCCGGCAUGUUUACUGGCCAGACUCAAUUUACCAGCUGGCUUGGGAACAACAGCAAAUACGGGAAACUUGGCCGUUUCGUCCGCGAGGUCCACUCGCACAUGCGCCUCAAGUCCUCGGGCGACCACAACGAGGUCCGACAGCAAUACCUCCCCGUGCUCUGGCACCAGAUCGUCAAGAGACUAGAGGUGGAGGGCAAGGAGGCCGUCAGCGAUGUGAUCGACCUGAUGGACAGUUAUUAUCUCACCCGCGAGGACUUUGAUAGUAUCAAGGAACUAGGUGUGGGAUACCAGUCGGAGGAUCUGGUCAACAUUGAAACACAGACCAAGUCGACCUUUACCAGGCUAUACAACGCCGCUUCCCACCCAGUUCCAUUCAUGAAAGCCACCAACGCUCCCGUCGCGUCCAAGAAGCUAGCCAAGGACAUGCCCGACCUGGAGGAAGCCAUCGAGGAAGAAGAUGAAAACGACGUUGCCGAGCUGGUGGACGAUGAUGAGGAGGACCUGGACCUGAAGAAGGACAAGUACAUCAAGCAGCCCAAGGCGAAACCUGCGAAGAAGGCCGCCGUGGGCAAGAAAGCUAAGGCGAGUGCUGAUGCCGAUGAGGAUGGGGAUGGGGCUAAAGCUGCCAAAGGGAAGGGCAAGGCGCCUGCGAAAGCUAAGGGCAGGCCCAAGAAGGCUUAG